CACCUGGAUGACCCCACUCUGACGGCUGAGUACGCCAAAGAGAUAUUUGACUACCUCAAAGCCAGAGAGGAGAAGUUCAUCCUGUCUGACUAUAUGUCCAUCCAGCCCAGUCUGAACGCUGGGAUGAGGUCCAUCCUGGUGGACUGGCUGGUCGAGGUGCAGGUCAGGAAACCAGUAUACUUGCUACUAGGACUGUUGUGGUGACCGUAUUACCGCCACACCACGUGACCGUUUAGUCACGGUAAUUAGGCUUCUCCAAGCUCUGAUGCUGCUGAUGGUCAUUAGUAGCCUACCAAACUUGCUAACUGCCUGGUACUCAGCACUCUAUUGUCCCUCUAAUCACUCUGACAUCAAUGCAAAUCUAAUCAAACACUUCAUGAGAGCCCAUGAGCUCAUGUUGUGCAACAUUUCUAUAGACUAUGAAAUUGCGUGAGAAAACAGAGUUUUGAUGGCCUCUUAAGAAGAGGAGGAUCCCAUCAGCUUUCUAUAGGCUAGGCCUACUAUAUUUAUUUCUCAACUUUCCGAAUAUUAAGCACAUUGCUUCUCUUUACAACAGGAGUACAGCCUGGCUGGCAUGAAAAUGAACCACGGGAAAAGCGUCCUCCAUUCGUUAUUUAAGUGCAUAGAUGACAAGUAUUUUUUCCCCGCUGCCCCUGUUUCGAGACAGGUGCAUGAUAAUGGUCCAUUCUAAAUCAAAACAAAUUUCACAUAUAUAUAUAUAUAUAUAUAUAUUUUAGUAUAUGUAAAGACAAGAUUAAGUCAAGGAUAGGCUAAUAUUGUCACCCAUCAGACUAUCACUUGUGAAUGAUAUAUUAUCACUUGUGAAUGAUGCCCAGCUUAAAUAGCCUCUUUUUGCGACUUUUUCUAAUCAUAGUCGAGCACCUCAUGGCCUAGCCCAUAGGCCUAUAUGUAUUGAAAAGGUUUAUAUCACAACUAAAGUGGCCAAAAAACGUCUUAGAAUUAAGCACAUUAAUCCGCUUUACAAGGGGUGUAGAGCCUAGCUGGCAUACAUAAGCAGCGCAUACGUUUCAAGUUUGGGGAAAAUAAUUUUCACCAUAAAAAUGCCCCUUUAUAAUAAAAGCAUUACAUAAAUAAUCGCAUUUGUGGUCACUUUGGAGAAUGUUGUUUUCCUGCUAAUGGAACAUUCCUGCUUAUAGCCUACUGCCAUGUGCGCAUUGCUGCGCUUAUAAUGUGAAGAAAUAGCCUAAUAGUUUAUCAACAUUUUUAAGCUAAACGUUCUGAUCUGUUGCGUCAGCCACAUUGUGUAAAACAGGUUUUUUGAUGCUAGUGAUUGUAUUAAUUUGGGAUCUAUCGCAUCCCACAACUGUCCCAGACUAUGUUUGGAAUAUUUAUUUGUUGCACAGAAUAGAACAGGUUGACUUUUGUACUAUGGGGGAUAGUAGAUUGACAUAGGCCAGUGUGUUUGCUGUUCGUUAGGCCUACUCAUCUUGUUGGCUGACGAAAAGUAAAUGUGGACAGUUCUUCCAAUAUCUUCAAUAUGCGCCUCGGAAUUGGAUAAGGACGCGCGCAGUUGCGUCCCCUACGUGUCUGUCUUCACUUGUAGCCUGUGAGAAAGACCCGAUCACGUGAGUGAGAGGUGAUUCGGAGAGCGCAGCACUCAGGGAGAAGGGCACCGGCCACUGGCCGCAAAAGUCAUGGAUUUGUUAAGGGUGCAUUAAGGCCACACAAAGGGGAUGCCGCGGUGAAAUUCUAGGCAUUAUCAAGUGCUUGUCAAAUUGUGAAUGAGUGACUGAUGUAGUGUGUACAGCCUGCACAAAAAACAAAGCAGAGCUCAUGCCUUUUCAAGCGACUUUUUUCAAAUCAUUAGUCGCAUCAUGCAGCCUUACAAUGUAUUAAAAAUCUAAACAUAUAGCCCAAUGUUUGUAGAACAACUAAAGUUACAUUAAUAACUCUAAACUAAGCAUAUAGGAGUACCUAUUCUUUGUUAACCGCUCAACACAGAAUAGCCGCAGGUGCGCACACCCUCAAAUCAUUUGGAGAAAAUAUCCUUUAUAUUUUAUUCAGCUUUGUUCAGUUGUAUUCUUCAUACGAUAAAAUAAUGUCACGGAAUUCUAAGCAAAUCUUGUCUGCUAAAUGAACUAGUGUAGCCCACAGCCAUUUGGCAUAGCCACAUCAGGACCUAACAUAAGGACAACUCCGAGUAUGCUAUUCUGUUCUUCUGAAAUAGACUACAUUUUCUUCAUAUCGUGCUUCUUUAGACCUGUCUAAAAAUAAAUAAUGGAUUUAUUAUUUUAAAAAAUGUAAAUGUAGAUGUUCCAAGCGUCUGCAUCAGUGGCUUGUAGGCGACGUGUGGAAGCCAGGAGAUGCUAAAUGUGUUUAUGUUAAUUGACAAUCAAUUACCGCGAGAACAACCAGUUAUUUGCUUGACAAUCACCGGCUGACGAAAUGUUGUGACCACCACAGCCCUACUUGCUGCUACAAUAAUACUCUACAAUGCUACUUGCUGCUACAAUAAUACUCUACAAUGCUACUUGCUGCUACAAUAAUACUCUACAAUGCAGUAUGCCCAUAGUACAGACAAUUAAAAUAGGAGUGAAGUUGAGAAGUGUAUGUGUUGGCACUCUGUGGUUCUGUGUGUGUGUGUGUGUGUGCGCUGGAGAAAGUGUGUUUGUUGACACCAUGUUUCUGUGUGUUUUCCAGGAGAACUUUGAGCUGAACCAUGAGACCCUGUAUCUGGCUGUGAAGGUGACGGACCACUACCUGUCCACUGCUCCGGUCAACAGAGAGAGUCUACAGCUCAUAGGGUCUACAGCCAUGCUCAUAGCGUCCAAGUUUGAGGUGAGGAAUAUUGAGCGCACGCUACCUGUCCGGUUAGCGGUAGGAGAGGUGAGGGACGGAUGUAGGGAGGGGUUAGAGUUGUCCUCUCACUUGGGCUCUCCUCUUUCUCUCUGUUUGUGCAAUACUCUUUCUCUUACCCACAAUCCUCUGUCUCUCUCCCUCCGUCAGGAGCGCUGUCCGCCCUGUGUGGACGACUUCCUGUACGUCUGUGACGAUGCGUACAAGAGGGAGGAGCUGAUCGCUAUGGAGACAAAUAUCCUGCAGGCGCUGGGGUUCGACAUCAACAUCCCCGUCCCCUACCGCUUCCUCAGGCGAUACGCCAAGGUACAGGGUUUUUUCCUGGAUCAAAAUGGUGGUGGGUGGGGGCGUGGCCAAUGGUGUGAUGGCCGACUGAACAUUUUAGAGGCCCUCCUGUUGGCCGCAGCGAUAAAAUAUAGCAGUUUCAAAGCAGAUUUCCUGCAAUUCUACACAUUUGUGCUAUCUGAGUGACUCAAACAUGAUAAAAUCAAUGGGGGCCCCAUGCCAUAAAAAAAUACUCCUGAAUGCAUAAUUUCUUUACAUUUUUAGAUUCUCUGACUGUCUAGCUUUUAUUUUGUUGAUUGUUAGUUUUCAAAGAUGAUCUUAUUUAAACAUCCAUUAUCUGAGUGUGUGAGAGAGAGAGAGACUCUCUGCCUCUAGUCUGGAAUGGAGGGAAUGGAAUGGUAUCAAACACCUGGAAACCAUGUGUUUGAGUUCAUUACCAUUCCAUUUAUUCCAUUCCAGCAAUUACUAUGAGCCUGUCCUCCCUAAUUAAGGUGCCACCAACCUCCUGUGAGUUGGAUGUAUGUUUAUCCUCUUGUCUGCAGCAUGUGUAUUCCAUGUCUCUUUCUGUCUGUCUCUCUGUCUGUCUCUCUGUCUGUCUCUCUGUCUGUCUCUCUGUCUGUCUCUGUCUCUGUCUCUCUCUCUGUCUCUGUCUGUCUGUCUGUCUCUCUCUCUCUCUCAAUCUCUGUCCAGUGUGUGUAUUCCAUGUCUCUCUCCAUCUCAUCUCUCUCUCUCUCCAGUGUGUAACCCCUCUCUCUCUCUAUCUCUCCAGUGUGUAACCCCUCUCUAUCUCUCCAGUGUGUAACCCCUCUCUCUCUCUCUCUCCAGUGUGUAACCCCUCUCUCUCUCUCUCUCUCUCUAGUGUGUAACCCCUCUCCAUCUCUCUAGUGUGUAACCCCUCUCCAUCUCUCUAGUGUGUAACCCCUCUCCCUCUCUCUAGUGUGUAACCCCUCUCUCUCUCUCCAGUGUGUAACCCCUCUCUCUCUCUCCAGUGUGUAACCCCUCUCUCUCUCUCUCUCUCCAGUGUGUAACCCCUCUCUCUCUCUCUCUCUCUCCAGUGUGUAACCCCUCUCCAUCUCUCUAGUGUGUAACCCCUCUCUCUCUCUCUCUCCAGUGUGUAACCCCUCUCUCUCUCUCUCUCCAGUGUGUAACCCCUCUCUCUCUCUCUCUCCAGUUUUGUUUAACCCCUCUGCUCCUCUCUCUCCCGUGUGUAACCCCUUCUCUCUCUCUCUCCAGUGUGUAAACCCUCUCUCUCUUCUCUCCAUUUGUACCCCUCUCUCCUCUCUCCAGUGUGUCCCCUCCUCUCUCUCUCUCGCAGUGUGUACCCCUCUCUCUCUCUCUCCAGUGUGUACCCCUCUCUCUCUCUCCUCUCCAGUGUGUAACCCACCUCUCUCUUUCAUCUCCAGUGUGUAACCCCUCGCUCUCUCUCCUCUCUCUCCUCUCCCGUGUGGUAACCCUUCUCUCUCUCUCUCUCCAGUGUGUACCCCUCCUCUCUCUCUCUCUCCUGUGUAACCCCUCUCUCUCUCUCUCUCCAGUGUGUAACCCUCUCUCUCUCUCUCUCCAUGGUUGGUAACCCCUUCUCUAUCCUCUCUCUCCAGUGUGUAACCCUUCUCUCCUCCUCUCUCUCCAGUGUGUAACCCUUCUCUCUCUCUCUCUCCAGUGUGUAACCCUUCUCUCUCUCUCUCUCUCCAGUGUGUAACCCCUCUCUCUCUCUCUAUCUCUCCAGUGUGUAACCCCUCUCUCUCUCUCUAUCUCUCCAGUGUGUAACCCCUCUCUCUCUCUCUAUCUCUCCAGUGUGUGAGUGCCAGUAUGGACACUCUAACCCUGGCACGGUACGUGUGUGAGCUGAGUCUCCAGGAAAUGGAUCUGGUCCCAGAGAGAGGAUCAUUGCUGGCCUCAGCCUGUCUGCUGCUGGCUCUAGUCACCAAGGAGCUGGGAGGAUGGGUGAGUUUCUACACACACACAGAGUAUACCACUCAUAUGUCCACUCAGUGUAUUUCUAUGUCGGUCUCCCGUUCUCUACUUUCUGCUCUGCCUUAUGAAUUUAUUACACAUCCCAUACUGAAAUCAAUGAGCCAAUACCUGUUUAUAGUCUGAAAACGUACCCUGGUCCUUCACUGCCUUGUCUGACAUCUUACAGUACCACUCCAGUCCCCCAUACUCUGGGUAGAGAGGGGCUGGGAAUACUUUACAUUAUAGUUUGUAUUUAAUCACCCACACCUCUGUCCCCUGUCCUCUAGUCCCCCUAUCCUGGUUUUCCACUCUGGGUACGGUGUGUCAGAGCUGGCCCCUGUCGUCCGGAAGCUUCACUCCAUGCUCACCUCCCCUCCAGACGACAAACUCCUGGCCGUCCGGAGCAAGUACUCUCAC